AUGGCACCCACGACGCCCCGGCUUAAGAUCCUCUCAGUCAUGGCCGACGACAACAGCAGCGAGCUAAUGAAUGUGUGUUCAGUGGGAGGGAAUCCGGUUUCCGCCUUCUUGUCAUGGAGAUUACAGGCCACCAAUGCCUGUGACGUUACACUCGUGUGGAAGUCUGGGUUUGAUCACGUUGCGCAAUACGGAAUUUCGUUCAAAUCGCCCGUCUUUGGCAACGAGCGUUUUAAGCCUCGACAUGUUGUGCGCGUUCCCGAAGAUGCCGCCAACACCGUCGGCCCCUUCGAUUACGUGAUUCUCUGCAUCAAGGCCCUGCCCGACGUUUACGAUCUGGCGGCUGUCAUUGAUGCUGUCGUCACUCCCCAGCAUACAUGUAUUCUAGUAAACACAACCCACACACUCGGUGUCGAGGCCGCUAUCGAGGAGCGAUUUCCCACCAACGUCGUUUUGUCGCUGGUUUCCAACGCCGAGCUUUCUCAGCUUGGUCAGAGCGAAUUCGAACACAAGGGGUCGACCGAGAUUUGGGUUGGACCUUCCAGCAAGAAUGAAAACAUCCCUGGCGCGAUUCAAGAAGACAUGGCUCAAGCCCUUGCCAUGACAUUGACAGCUGGCCAGGUUGACUGCAAAGUUUCUCAGAAUAUCCGUCAACAACAGUAUGAGAGGGUCAUUGGCCCCAUUGCUUUCCAUCCCGCGAGCGUGAUUUUCGAAACAGCCAACCACAUCCAACUCCUCGAGAAGGUUGGUGUAAGAGACUUGGUGCACGGCGUGAUUGACGAGUUGCUCGCCCUCGCUACCGCACAUGGCUGCAAAUUCGACGCCGACUUCAAGCAACGGACCAUCGAUGAAAUGACCAAGCCUACGACUACCGAGAGUAUCAUGUGGCAGGAUUACAUUGCGAGACGACCGAUGGAAGUCGAAACGUAUCUUGGAUCUCCGAUAAAGUUGGCCAAGGACGCUCGCGUCCCCGUUCCUCGUAUCGAGACGAUGUACGCUGUGCUGCACAACCUUAACACCGUCAACCGCCAGAAACCAGUCAAGCCUGUCGAUGCUGCUAUGGCGCCUCCCGGAUCACCAACAUCCCAGUCACCUCUACCGAGAAUGUCGACGCAAAAUGGCAUUCGCCCGGUGAACGGUAACGGCAACGGCAUGCCUCCUGGCCGUGGCCCCCGUCCAAGAAACUCGUCGAACCUUGGCCCGCCCCCACCUGGCAUGCGCCGACCGCCUAUGAAUGGUGGCCCUCCCAACGGCUACCCUCGUGGACCUCCUGGCCCUGGAUCUCGGGCAGCAUCGAGAAGAGGGUCGCUUGAGGGAAACGAACUGGAAGAAUUCUCUCACUUAAUGCUCUAUGACGAUAUUCCCGAGGGUGGUGAGCCAGGUUACGGCCCGGGCCCGGGUCAGGGCCAAGGUCCGGACGGCUCUGACCUAGCGCUUCGCGAACGUGAACUCGAACUGCGCCAGAGAGAAUUGGCCAUGAGAGAGCGGGAGAUGCGGAUGAGAUCGAGGGGUCCCCCUCCUAGAAGAGGCCCUCACCCGAUGCGAAACAGUGCUCAAGCGUUUGACGACGACGACGAUGAGGAUGACUACUUUGAUCCUACCUCCGGCCCGCCACCUCCCAUGAUUGAUCCUGAGAACUUCGACAUGAUGAGCGUCACGUCGAGGAAGAAUCGGAAACAAGCACCCCCUCCCCCGAACCGUGCCCAAUUUCACAAGAACGAGGUCUAUGAUGCUGCUGCACCCCCUGUCCGCACCUCCAGAUUCCGCCCGACGUUUGGUCGCAAUCGAUCAAGCCAGAUUGCUAACAUUCCUGCCAUGAACGAGAAUAUCUUGGACGAUCCCCUCCUCUCUUGCUCAUCAAAUCGUUACGGCGCAGUUGACCGAGGCACAAUGCACGCAGGAUCCCGAGCGAAUUCACUGACAGCCUCACGCUUGGAUGAGAUGCAGCUCGGUGGGGGCCCGAUGCAGAUGGGCAUGAACGGAGCCUUUCCCCGGCGAGCUAGCCAGUCCCCAGGAAACCCCUACAGCCCCUCAAUUCGAGGUGGCAGUGGCCGUCCGUCACCGCCUAACGGCUUUGGCGGUCCUUCGAUGAAUGGCCGACCAUCGCCUCCCGAAAGCGUCCGUCAACCCGUGCCCCGAUACCCUCCCGGCCAUGGUAACGCAGUCGCGCCACAGCAGGUUGAGCAACAUGUCGGGGUGAGCGGCCUUCUCCCACCUAAGCAAAAGAACGUGAGAAGUCUGACUGGUAGUGCGAGCGCCAGCGCGGGCAGUGGUGAUUCCCAACCGGACACUGAACCCUCAGCCCACAGCAGCCAGAGCAGUCUCGGACAGCGCCCACCUAUUGGAGUGCGGUAA